UUUCACUUCCGGGCUCCUCCUUGCUCUCCCAGUCACAGGUAGGGUGCACACCUGGCUGGCAGGUGAGGAGUUAAAGGAGGAGAGCUGCUGGGAAGGAACACCCACUCCAGUUUCAUCUGAAACUUUCCCAGAAGGACACAAAGGGGAAGUCGCCUUACGCUUUUUGGAUUAAUGUGUUAGGAAGGGAAAGAAAAUAAUCGACUCUCCCUGAUUCUGAGAUCUGUUUCAUAGCACAGAGGUUGCCUAGCUGCUGCUGAUUCAAGGGACAGAGCACCAACCCCAAAGCCAAGGAAAAGCUCCCCCUCCUUCACAGUGUGGCCAAUGGACCUAUUUCUUUGCAUAUUCUUGGGAUUUAUUGGGAAAGUAAAAGAUUAUCAAGAAGGCGCAAGUAUUUUCUGAUACAAGGUAUAUCCAGAAGAAAGACUCCAGCCCCCAGCAGUCUUGCUGAUAUAACUAGUUCAGAGUGACUAGUUCCCCUUUCCUCUGUGGUUACGUCUUGUCUAUAAACCACUUGUGCACGAUUGCCUACAACUCAGAUUAGAGUGUGAGCUGAGAACUGGGCCCUCUAUUCAGCAGAAUGGGCUAUCUCCAGUCUUUACUGGUGCUUCUCUUUGUAGCCGCAGGAUCGGUUUGGUCAGACUCAGACGGAGAGACCUGCCUGGACAAAUUUACUAAAGGCUUUCAUGACUUUGUGUUGGACCUGGACUAUUCUGUGAAAAGUGGGGCGACCUUUCUGUCCUCCCCUCCCUUGCACAGUGGCAGGGACUGUAUGACCGCUUGCUGUAGGACCCUAGGGUGUAACCUAGCCCUGGCUCAGGAGACGGACAAUGGGGAAGACGUCAUCAACUCCUGCUUUCUCAUCAACUGUGUCUAUGAGCAGGAGUUUGUCUGCAAAUUUAUCCGGAAGCCUGGCUUCGUCAACUUUAUAACCAUGGAUGUGUAUAACAAAUAUCAAGCGAUGAUGGAACAGGAAGGGGAUGAAGAUCAUCCUCCUAUUGCCAGGGCAGGCCCUGAUGUUAGAACCCAACCUUUACAGACAGUCAUCUUGACUGGCAUUGAAAGCUUGGAUAGGGAGGGGAUAGUCAGCUAUGAAUGGAGCCUUCUUCAUGGAGACCCAUCUGUGGUUUAUGAGGUGAUACCAGCGACAGAAUCAGAUGUGCCACAUUCUAUAGAGGUCACAAACCUGCAUGCUGGACAGUAUAUAUUCCAGUUGGUCGUCACAGACACCGCAGAGCAGCAGAACUCGGCCACUGUCACCAUCACAGUCCUGUCGACGGCAGAGACAGAGGAGCACUGCUUUGCUCCACACAAAGUGGGCCGAUGUCGGGGCUCCUUCACUCGCUGGUAUUUUAACCCAGAGACAAACGACUGCUUGGAGUUUACAUAUGGAGGUUGCAAACCAAACAAGAAUAACUACCUCAGGAUAGAGGAUUGUCGGCAAACCUGCCGGAAUAAUUCGGCUGAGCAUACAGCAACAGGAGAUCAUUCUGGCAAGUCUAGCAGGAGACUACAUCCAGUGUGUGAUGGGCACUGCUCCCCCAAUCAGUUCCAGUGUGCCCAAGGCUGCUGCAUUGAUGCCGGUUUGGAAUGUGAUGAGCACCAAGACUGCCCAGAUAAUUCAGAUGAGCUGUUCUGUGAAAACUAUGAUAAAGGUUUUAAGAAGCUGCAAACCUUUGAAAUUCCUAAUAGUAAAGCCCGCUGUGUAGACUUGCCAGAUACAGGUCCCUGCCGGGCCUCUUUCUCUCGCUUCUACUAUGAUCCUAACAUUCGGAAAUGCUUGCGGUUUACCUAUGGUGGCUGUGCUGGGAAUGACAACAACUUUCACAGAGAAUCGGACUGUAUGCGGUACUGCGAAGGUGUUUCUGAGCGAGAUAUUAUUGGGAGAAGAUUAGGAGACACUGAAGCCCAAAAGGAAGGCUCAGGCUCCGCAGAAGUGGCAGCUGCAGUGUUUCUGGGGAUCUGCAUCCUGGUGGUUUUGGCUGUUAUCGGUUACUGCGUCAUCAAGAGGAGGAAGAGCAGUCGUAGGCGCCAACCAGUUGCCAACACCAACACUCUUGCCACCACUGAAGAUACAGAGCAUUUGGUGUAUAACCGGACCACCAAGCCGGUGUGACCCAGUGUGAACCCUCCCAUGUGAAAUGAAUUCUGUCAUAUCACAAAGACCACAGACUCAUUUUUGGGAUAUUUCCCCUUUUAGGCUUACUGGUACCAGGUAACUGGGUCAACUUUAACAGGCAAGGAGUUAAAAGAAGAUUCUAUAGGGGUUUAACUUUCAAUGGACAGACAUCCUUAAAGGUUCUUUAAGUGGGAUACAAUAUCUUACUGUUUUUUUCCUGAAUAUUUGUAGAUGUGUUGCAUUGUAAUAUUGUUUUUUUUUUUUUAAGUACACUCCGUAGAUGCUGAAUACCGGUCCUGAGCAGGAAUCUGGAUGCUUUUUUAUAAAUGUUUUAUUAUGAAUUAAAUCACUGUAAAAAUACAGAGGACAGAUGUAUUUAUACAGUCAAGGUCCUGGCCCACCCAGCCUACUUGCUAGUAGUUACAUUUUUUUUUACUUGCAUUCUGUUGAAAGACAUGGUUUUAUUUGUCCUUUAAUAUAUUUCACUUACUGCAAAAUUAGUUUUAGUUUCAGCCCAUCCCCCCAGGUUUUUAAUGAGUUUGCAGCAGAGCCAUCUCUAAUAGGCUACAGAGUGAAAGACAUUGGCCACUGUAGUUCCAGUCACAGGGAAAAAAUGCAUAGGGGUUAGGAAAACCCCAUAACUACAUGAACAUGGAUUUAUACCUUUUAGAGAUUAUAGUUUUUAUUGUUUAAUAUUUGCUUUAUACAGAAAUCUACACUCUUAAUAAGAAAAAAUGAAUUCUUCACUUACACUUAAAUGAACAGCAGAGUAUGAGGGUAUAAUUUGCUAUUUAAACAAAACACCCUUCUUUGCAUUGGGGUUCCUCAGGGGCGGUUCCCUAUAAGGGCAGGAUGUGGGCAGAGCAGGAACAGGUUAGGGGCAGGGCCCAAAGAAGAAUGAAUCUGUCCCUGGAAGUCCUAUAUUGUUUCCCUUUGUAUAGAAUGGGACGUAAAUUAUUGUGUGUCCCUUUUCUGUGUAUUUGUAUUUAUAAAUAAGGGUAGGGACUGUCAUAUAGUUCUGUAGGCAGAUCAGAAUCGUAGUAUGUAUCUGAUUUUGUUUUAUCCAGAGGAGCGAAAGCUGUUUGGCGAUUGUUGUUCAGCUUUGAGUUUACUUUUAGUAUGAUGUUGAGAGUAAUAUUCUGAGACAAUUUGCAAUUGGUCUUCUUUUUUUAUUUGUAGUUUUUUAAUGAUUUCAAUCAUUAAAUCAUUCAAUCAGCUCCAGUUUGGAGUUAUAAUGGCUAUCUGGUUGCUAGGGUCCAAAUUACCAUAGCAACCUGGGAGUGGUUUGAAUGAGAGACUGAUACAUGAAUCAGAGAGGGACUGAAUAGAAAAAAAAAGUUAUAAAACGUAACAAUAAAAUUGAAGCCUCACAAAGCAAUAGUUUUUUGGCUGCCGGGGUAAGUGACCCCCAUUUGAAACCUGCAAAGAGUUAGAAGAAGGUGGCAAAUAAUUGAAGAACUAUAAGAAAUAAAUGGUAAAGACCAACUGAAAAGUUGCUUAGAAUUGGUCAUUCUAUAACAUACUAAAAAUUAACGUAAAGGUGAAGCACCCCUAUAACCACUGUUUCAAGAACAUCUAGGGCAGCAAAAACAUAUUCACCUCCAAAUCUCACCCCUAUUAAUCUUCAAGUUGGGUGUUACUAUGACAGUGCAUAGCUUUCUACCCAAAUCUCAUUCUGACUGGCCUACAGGCUAAAUCCACUGCUCCAGGGCCCCCAGGGGAGUCAGCCCCACAGUUUGGGCACUAGUGCAGUUGAGUCAAAGAACAUAUCGGCUCCCACACGUAGGUACAAAUACACAGAGGAGGAAUAUUUUCUGCACACAAUGUGUUGCCUACUAGCUUUGUUCUCUAGGGGAGCAUAUGACUGCUCUUACCAAUAUUUAUGAAUAUACAUGUAUAAUAUGCAGAGGAGGGAUUUUUACUUUACAAAAGAAGCCAUGCCCUAAUGUGUUUUGUUAUAGGGAAUCUAUUCACUUCAGGGUAUAUGUUCCAAAGGGUGUGUGUUCCAUUUAAUACUGUUCUACAGUGAAGGCAUUGUACAUUCAGUAAGUGACCUGGUGUUAGUUACCAAGGCCUAUGGAAUUGUAUAGUAUGUGAGCUUAUAAUAUAUAUUUGUUUUAUAUUCACCUCCCCCCCUUUUUUUUUUCGCGGUGCCACCACAUCCGACACAAAUACAUGGAAUGCAAUCUGGUUUUACAAUGUUUGUUGCAUUGCGUUGGUUGGUGGCAGCACAAAGUGUAUAUCUGUAAAUGACUCCGAAGGUAAGAAGAGUACCAUGCAUUUCCGCUUAUUUUCUAUUGAGAUUAUUGUUUCUUUUAAAGAUAAAUAAAAUGUGUCUGUGAAAAACCAA